AGCGACGGGGCUGUCAUAGCUGUGGAUGUUGUGAAAGAGGGUUUCUGCCAUAAAACAAGCCGAGAAAGAGGAAGAACCGGCGCGGAAACCAUGAAGGGGGAAAAGGAUUCGUACGCGUUCGCACACUUCAAAGGCUAAAUGUCGCACCUCACGGCAACUGGAAGAGCGAAAUAAGCCCGAAAAGCAGGAUGUCAACAACGCGGCCCCUUCUCGGGAUGAAGCCGAGCGCCGAGGUGACCUGUUCGGAGCCGCCGGGGAGGAGGCCCGCCGCAUCUGGAUCUGCCGGUGCCCAGCAGCACUAUGAGCCGCUCAUGGAGGACGAGUUCGCGGUUCCCGAGGACAAACAGGAGGAGCUGAAAUGCGUCAAAAGCCGGGUGGAGCACGUCUUCCAGGUGACGUUCACCAUCAUCGGCCUGCUGGACCCCACCGGAGCUCACGGCAGUAAAGCGUCCAGACAAAUAUGGCUGCAGCUGAGAGGGAAGCGGGCCGACGUGGCCAAGGCCAAGGAGUAUGUGAAGGGUCUGUGUGACCCGGAGCUGCAGGAGGUGGAGCGCUACCCACCAGAUAUGCACUGCAUCUUCGUUGGGGCCCAGGGCCUCUUCCUGGACCGGCUGCUGCACGACACUAGUGCCGAGGUGAUGGUGCUGGAGCCGGGCCGCCUGCGUGUGUUGGGUGCUGCCGAGGCCGUCGUCAUGGCGCAGAGUCGCGUGCAGCAGUUUGUGGCACUCUUCCAUGACAAGCGGCCCAUGCCUAGUGAGCGUGAACCUGCCAUCAAGCGUGCCUUCAAGGCUUUUGUAGAGGAGAGGGCCGACAAGUACACCAUGGAGUUGCAGCUGCUGCCCAGCACCCUAAAGGAGGAGUUGCUGGGUUUAGUGCGGGGCCCCCCACCUGUAGUCCACUCCCUGGAUCCUGGUGCCGAAGCCCUGGAGCAGGACCGCUCCAAGACUAGCACACCCGUCACUGACCUCUCAAACCGCAUCCUGGACACCACCUUUGAGGACAAGGCGGUGGGGCCAGCCCAGGAAACAGUGCUGAAUGGGCGGCACUCCCAGAAGCGGCGCUCAUCAGAGAGCGAGUCGCGCAACUCCAAGAGGCAGUAUUCCCUGGAGAGGCGGGACGAGGAGCUGGAGACGGACUGGUGUUGUAUUCCCGGUGACAGCCGGAGCAAAACCCCAGCUCCCAGCUCUGAAGUAGUGGUUCUUGACCCCAGCGAGCUGUCAGACGCAGGGGAUAGUGUUAGCCCAGAGACCAACUUCAAGUGCCUGGUGAACUUCUUCAAGACCAUGGGGUACCCGCAGGACGUGGUGGAGCGGGUGGUUCGGGAGACUGAUCAGAGGGCGGACACAUUCCUGCUGCUGGAGCGCAUUGUGGAAGAAACCCAGCAGUCACACCCGCGAGACCCCUGUGCCACCAGCCUCAAUCCCUCUUCAUCCUCCUCGUCCUCUUCCUUCCGCUGCAGAGAGAAGGAGCGGCCGCAGAGCAGGCCUUUCUCAGAAACAAAGUCUAAAGAGAACAUCCAGCCUGCCAGCAAUGGUGUGGGUCCUAGAGGGCAGUGCAGCUUUGCCAUCCAGCAAGGUGCAGCACUGAAGAGGAGCAGUAGCGCACAGGGCACUUUUGAGGUUAUUACCAUUAGUGACGAGGACGACAUGCCAGCCGGGAACAAGGCAAGGACCACGAGCAGGCUGGACUUCAUGGCCAGAGGCAGCGCUCACACAAUGGUACCAGCGCGGGUAGAGACGGUGACACCUCUGCGGAGUGCUGUGCAGCGCCCGCCGCAGACACUGGAGCGCCCUGGCUGCUCUUACCAGCCCCCCACCAGGGUGCUGCCCUCACCCCUGCCCCACACAGAGCCACCCAGCAUAACUGCCCCCAUAACUGGCACGUUGCGCUUCCAGCAGUCCCUCCGGACCCCAUAUAAACUAACUUUACAGAACGAACCAGGCCGACCAGACCUCAGGCACAUCGUCAUUGACGGGAGCAACGUGGCCAUGGCGCACGGGUUGCAUCGAUUCUUCUCAUGCCGUGGCAUCGCUAUUGCAGUGGAGGCUUUCUGGAAGAUGGGCCAUCGUGAAAUCACUGUCUUCGUUCCUCAGUGGAGGCAGAAGAAGGAUCCCAGCAUCACAGAGCAGCACUUCCUGAGCCAGUUGGAGGACUUGAGGCUGCUGUCCUUCACACCCUCCAGGGAGGUGUGUGGGCAGAGGAUCUGCUCCCACGACGACAGAUUCCUACUACACCUGGCGGAGAAGACAGGCGGUGUGAUUGUCACCAAUGACAACCUGCGGGACUUUGUGGACACAUCAGAGGCAUGGAAAAAAAUAAUUAAAGAAAGGCUCCUGCAGUUCACCUUCGUGGAAGAUCACUUCAUGAUCCCAGAUGACCCUCUGGGGAAGCAUGGCCCACGAAUUGAAGAGUUCUUGCGCAAAGAUGUUAGGUGCACCUCUGUAACAGGCCCAGCAAGGCCAGAGCUCAGAACAACUCCCCCGGUGUACGCCAUGGCCCUCCAGUCCGCCCCACGGUCUUCCCUCACCCCUCAGAUGAGGCCACCUUCCCAGUGGCCACACACAGGCCCACCCGGGUGGUACCCACCUCGUCCUUCUCCUUCACCCCCACCACAGAGAUCACCCUCAGAGACCACGGAGCUGAAGAGGAAGCUGUACGACAUCUUCCCUGAUCAGAAGCAACGUAUCGACCGCAUCCUGGGGGAGAACCCAUACAUGCGGGACCUGAACGCGCUGUCAAGCCUGGUGCUGGGCUGAGCCCCAAUGAAGCACAAAGCAUGGCACUCGUGGGGGAGGGGUGGGUUCUGACAGGACAGUCCAUACGCAGAUGUGAAGGAUUGAAAAAAGACUUUUUGAGUAUUUUAUUAAACAUUACUUGAAGACUAUGUCACUGCAAUGUAUCCGGACAGAUCUUCUCAAUCUCCCCUCCCCCAUUAUUUAUCUGUAUUCCCCACAAUUCUCCCCCUGAAACACCCAUUUCUGUCGUCCCUCUUAAAGAAUCCUUAUGUUGAUAAUCCAUUUCAAUGCCUGGAACCGCACAACCAUUUGUACAGCUGUGUACAGCUUUAGACAUGUUACUUUACGGGGUGAGUAUGGGACUUUUCCAUUGCGGCGCCUCGGCCUUGCAGGGAGAGUGGCAAUGCGGAUAGAUGUGUAUGCUUGUGGUGCACAUUUUCCUGUCCUUUGUUUCUGCAAAGUUGUCCAAUUUAAAAGGUAGGAGAGAUCAUCUGAUCUUGACUCAGGAGAGAAAGUAUUUUUAGUUAUAUUUGGAAUUACUGUAUUAUAGAAUCACUACAGUUGGAUUUGCUUUUGUAAAUACAAGAUGUUUUCCAUCGUGAAAAUAUUCAUGUCAGGUAUCCAUCCUUAUAAAGGGUGGGUUACUGAAGGAUUGAAAUCUGUUGGGGAAUUACUCAGCCCUCAUAUAAUGGGGUCCCAUACAGCAAACAUUGCUGCAUCAUCUUAUGGAAAAUAUACAGCCUUUUUUCAUACAAUGGGCUUAUUAUUUUGUAUAACGGAAUUCUUGCUCUGCCCAGCACUCUUUCUACUUCGACAGCAAGUAUUUAAUUCGCUGCCUGCUGUGUCUUUCAUUGUGUAAAGCGUGCAGACACUGUGCUUCUUUAACAAAACUUACUAAUGUAUUUCACGCUGACAGUCCCAGCCACUCACAACACUCAAAUAUGUCAAAGUAUUUACAUUCAUUUACAUCUAUUCAUUUAGCAGAUGCUUCUCUCCAAAGUGAUGUACAGCGAUGUCUUUACCUUUUUAUAUACCACUGUUUAGUACUUAAACACCUUUGUCUAAGGUGAAUUCCAAUACUCGAUGCACUGAACUCCUUGCAGUCAUUGGCUCCUUUUUUCCUCAGUAGAGUAAUGUGAUGCACAAAAGGUAAUUUAGUGUCACCAGUCCCCCUAAAAUGUAUCUUUGGAUUCAUACUGUUCAUUUCAUUCUUUUUCUCCGGUGUAGUAUACAGCAUUAAGCUGCUUGCAGUGAUUACAUUUACAUUAUAU